ACAAACUGAAAGCAUUCUUGAAUCUUCAUCCGCUUGCGUCACCUGGCAGAGCACUGGCAAUGCCAGAGGCAAAGAUUUUGCAAUGCAAAUGCUACCAAAUGCGCUGCCCUUGAUGCCCUGGCCAAAAAAGGAUUGCCUCCCAGAAUGGCUUGUGUUUUUUGUUUUUUUUUUUCAACUAAGGCAAAUGAGCAUUUGAUAAUCAAAUGCAUGGGCUAUAAAAGUUGAACGACUGUGCCAACAAUUGUACAGUGACCAAUUGCCAGUGAGAAGACCUAAACCAAAACGACAAUGAAGACUCUUGCAAUUCUCAUGCUCCUGGUAAUGGCUGCUCUGUCCAUGGCCAGCUAUGUACCUGCCACUCUACCAGUUGCUGCUGCUGCUGCUGUUCCAGCUGCCACUACAGUUCCAGCUCCGGCUAUAGUCCCAUUGCCUGUUAGCCAUCAGUUUGUCACACGAAACUUUAAUCGUUUCUAUGUGCCAACAACAACUGCCACAACUUGGCCAACUGUGGCUACCUAUCAGCCAGGAAUAUAUUACAAAUAUGGUGGAAAUGGUGCAACAUAUCCAACUUAUACAUAUACUUAUCCCUAUACAUAUCCAUAUGGUUAUGUUAAUGGUUAUUAUCCAUAUUCCAACUAUGGUUAUAGCUACAAAAGUGUUUGGUAGUCCCUGAAGAAGCAACUAUAAUUGUAUGUAUUAAUAUUCUUAUAAUGUGAUAUUAUUGGACCCAUAUAUACAUAUACAAAUUUAA